AUGGCUGGGGCUCGGACGCCUUCCGUAACGCUGAUCAGACCCUCCGAACUGCUAGAAGCUUCGCCAAACAAGUCGACCUUGGAAACCUUGGGUUUUGGCCCAAGGGAAGCGGCAACUGGGGAGGCUGGGGAAUCCACAUCCGGGCUGGAGGUCUCCACUACGAUCAACUUUGGUAGCGUAGAAGACGGAGUCGUCGGAUUACCCAACGAAACUUUACGCCGUGAAGAAGAGCGUGAUCGGGAGAGUGCAGCCAAGUUUCAAGGACCAGCAUCCGAUGAAUUGUCAUCAUCCGAGCUAUCUGGAGCAGGCGUCUGA